GCUGGGAGCGGGGCCGCGAGCGGCAUGUCUCGUUACACCAGACCCCCCAACACCUCCCUGUUCGUCAGGAACGUCGCCGACGCCACCAGUCUUGUCCAUUUAAGGAAAAGUCCUAGUUCAAGGAUUUUAAGGCGUUACCUGGACCCAAAGAGUCACAAAUCUAUGCAACACUUCACUUGCCCGAAGACUUACGCCGAGAAUUUGGUCGAUAUGGCCCCAUAGUAGACGUUUACAUACCACUUGACUUCUACACUCGCCGCCCCAGAGGAUUCGCUUACGUUCAGUUUGAAGAUGUUCGAGAUGCUGAGGAUGCACUUUAUAACCUCAAUAGGAAGUGGGUAUGUGGCCGGCAAAUUGAAAUACAGUUUGCACAAGGUGAUCGAAAAACACCCGGCCAAAUGAAGUCAAAAGAACGGCACCUGUGCUCCCCAAGUGACCACAGGAGAUCCAGAAGCCCCAGCCAGAGGCGAUCUCGAAGUCGGAGUUCAUCAUGGGGAAGAGACAGGAGGCGGUCAGACAGUCUGAAAGAGUCUCGACACAGGCGAUCUUCUUACAGUCAGUCAAAGUCUCGCUCUAAGUCACUACCAAGGCAGUCUACCUCAGCAAGGCAGUCAAGAACACCAAAAAGGAAUUCUGGAUCUAGAGGACGGUCAAGAUCCAAGUCCUUACCAAAAAGGUCCAAGUCAAUGGAAAAAUCACACUCACGCUCACCUCAAAAGCAGAUUGGCUCAGGAGCAAAAUCGAGAUCCCAUGGACGACACUGUGAUCACAUAGCAAGAUCCCCAUACAAGUCUCCCAGAGGGUACACCAGCUCCGGAGCCAAGGCACAGACAGCAAAGCAUUCUCAUUUUCGGUCACAUUCCAGAUCUCGGAGCUAUCAUCAUAAAAACAGUUGGUGAACAGAAACUUCCAGAGGAGCCACAGAGCUCUGCUCUAAGUUACUAGACCUCGUUUCAGUUAAAGUUCUUCAAGGCUUAUAGACAUCUGAACUGGUGUUAGUUACUUUGGGCAUGUGGAAGGAAUAAAAUGCCCUAACUUUAAUUAAUAGAUUCUGAGGGUUCUCGAUUUAAGGGCUUAUCCUCAAAUGACUAUGUGUACAGUAUCUCCCUUGUAUAGGGUGUAUUUUGUUCACAUUGUAGCAAGGGGCUAUUUCCCAAAGGAAAUAGGCAAAAUGGAACCAAUAUGGAAAUUCUACUUAGAUACUAAAUAUUAUCAAUAAUAUCAUUUACAAAAAUAUUUUUACUCUAAAGCACUUUUCACAUAAAAAGUAACUGUGACUAUAUGUAAUUGCAUAGGCCAGACUUAAACUGUUUGACAUCUGUGUCUUUCUUGUGACUUCUGUUUAAGCUUAGGCCAAUUCUUGGUGGAUAUUAGUUCAAAUUACAGCAUUCUGAAAUCUCAAAAGAUAAAAUUUAUAUAGAGAUUCUGUAACUAUUUAAAAGAACAUUUCAUUGUUUUUUUUAAUACAACAGCAUAGACCAGAUGGCAUGAAAUGAUAUCCAUGUUUGCUUAAAAUAUGAAAACAAAGCCAGGUGUGGUGGCACAUGCCUGUAUUCCCAGCAUUUGGGAGAUGAGGUAGGAAGCUCAAAACCAGCAUGGACUGGGCUACACGAGACCCUGCCUAAAAAUAAAUAAAUAAAUAAAUAAAUAAAUAAAUAAAUAAAUAAAUGCUUUUUAAAAAGUGAAACCAUUUUAGAAGUACUAGAUUUUGAAUGGUUUGAAACUACUCUAAAAAUUAUGGUGUGGAACACUCAGAAUCCAUAAAUACUCAUAUUAAGCCUUACAUAUUUGAAGUACAGUACAUUUUGUAUAAAUUCAUAUCUAUAACCAUUAUUUCUAUAUAGCUAUUUUCAUCUGCAUUUUUUCUUUUUAGAGCUCUAGUUCAAUAUCCUAAUUAUGUACAAAGUCUUUUUUAAAGAGAAUUAAAUACUUAGUACAUUAUACAAAGAAGUACUAUUUAAUGAGAUGUCUUGGUGAGUAAAUCUACUCACCAGCCAAACCUGGAAACCUGAGUGCAAGCUGGGAAACUUGAGUUCAAUUCCUGAACCACCUCAAAGGUGGAAGAGAACUGACUCCUGCAAACUGUGUCUGACUUCCACACUGUGCUAUGGCAUAUGUGUGCACGUGCACGUGCGCGUGCACACACACACACACACACAAGUGCAUGCAAAAACUUAAAUUUAAAACUAUACCUUCAAGCCAGACAUGUAGCACAUACACAUGCCUAUCAUCCCAGCACUCAGGAAGCCUACCAGGAACUUGAGACCAGCCUGGGAAACCUGCCCUCUGGCUCUCUGACCCCCCACACACACACACACAAAGAAAAGAAAAAGAUCUUCGUAAAAAUAGCUUUGAGUCGAGGUGUUUGAUUUUUACAUUACACUACUCUACAUUUUAAAAACCAAAUAACUUUGUUGGCAGUUACUGCUUUUGUAGUUGUUGUAACUUAGAAUUUCUUUUAAAAUGUGUUUGAGGUUUACAUUUCAGAAGGUUUUGGUAAAUUUCUGAUAAAAUGGUUUGUAUAUGACUGUCAUAGGAGAUAUGUUUACAGAUUUACUUUGUUGAAUCACAUUACUGAAACUCACUGUCAUCCGUUACAGCUAAUAUUUAUGCCUAGAAUACCUAAGAAACCUGUCUUACAUUUUCAAUAUUUGGAGCCAUGUUGCUUCCAUUAAUUUCCAAUAUAGAAUUCCAUAUACUUUGCAUUUUAAAUCCUUUAUGUGUGAAACAACUUUACAAAAUAAUUUGUACAUUGAUGAUAUUUGGAGAAAUGCCACAAAUAAUGUAUAUUAUACUCUCUGGAUAUAUUUUCUCUAUUUAACCAUAGCAAAAUUUAUUUCAAAACUUCACUCUGAUGUUCCUCAGUAAUAAAGCAAUUAUAAAAGUA